CAGCCCCACGGCAGCUCUCCCUCGCACCCCCGCGCAGGCAGCUCGCCGCAGCGGGUUCGUUGCCGGCUGCGCCGCCGCCGGGUGAUUCAUCCCCGCUCCAGCCCUCCCCGCGCCAGCGGCUGCCAAAAAUAGCGACGCAACUGGGGGGGGGGGGGGAGGUGAAAAAAAAAAAAAAAACUCUAAAUAACCUUCCCCUGCCUUCCCCCCCCCCACGCCGGCGGCCGGCUGCGAUGGCGGCCACCGGCCGAUGGCCCCGACACCUCCAUCCUCGGGGCACCUGGGACCCGGACCCGUCGCUGGGGGAUACCCCGCUCCGGUUACCAUGAGCGCUGAGGAGCUGCGGUUACCAUGGGAACGGCGCGGUGAGCCAGCGCCGUCCCCGGCCCGGCCGCCGUCGCCGUGAGCGCCGCGAUGCCCAGCCCCGUCCGCCGCCCCCCCGGCACCCCCGGGCCGCCCGGUUUAACCAUGUUACCGGCGGACGGGUCGGCGCUGCUGCGGGCCGUGGCGCAGGGCAAGUUUCGGCUGACGCGGCUCUUGUUGGAAGGGGGGGCCUACAUCAACGAGGGCAACGCCGCCGGGCAAACGCCGUUGAUGGCCGCGUGCCGGGCCGGCUACGCCGACCCGCCGGAGCAGCCCCGGAUGGUGCGAUACCUCCUGGAAAACGGCGCCGACCCCAACAUCCCCGAUAAAACGGGCAAGACGGCGUUGAUGCACGCCUGCGCCGAACGCGCCGGCCCGGCGGUGGCCGCCGUUUUGUUGGCCCACGGCGCCGACCCCAGCGCCCGCGAUUACGCCGGGGCCUCCGCUCUGGUUUACGCCAUUAACCGGGGCGACCGGGAGACGCUGCAGGUGCUGCUGGAUGCCUGCAAGGCCCGGGGGAAGGAGGUGAUCAUCAUCACCACCGACACCUCGCCUUCCGGCACCAAAACCACCCGGCAAUACCUCAACUCGCCCCCUUCGCCCGGGCUGGAGGGAAAACGCUCGCCGGCGCUUUGCAUGUCGCCCUCCGACAUCGAGGUGCGGACGGCGGCUUCACCGGCCGGCAGCGAGAAAGAAGAGGAGAGGGAUGUUUUCUGCUUCCCCCCGCCGCCACCGGCACCGGUCACGGCCGUAGCGGAGCCCCCCCGCGCCCGGGGCCGCCCCCUGAAACGCCUCAAUUCGGAGCCCUGGGGGUUGGUGGCCCCGGGGCCGGAGGGGCCGCGGGGUCCCCCCGAGCGUUUGGUGACGGGGCUGGAGGGGCUGAGCCUGGGCGGGCGCCCGCGGCGGCACAGCGUGGAGGGCCGGGAGGCAGCGGGGCUACCGGGGGCCGCCUGGGCCGAACGGGUGCCCCCCGCUUGCCCGCUGGCCCGCCGCAACACGGCCCCCGAAGCGGCGCGGGGCAAACCGCCUCGCUGGGAACCCCCCGAAAUGGAGGGGGGUCCCUGGGCCGGAUCGCCGCUGCCGGCCGCCGAGUCGCCCCCGGGAAGUCGCCGGCGCCCGCCCGGUUUGCUGGAGCGUCGCGGUUCCGGCACGCUCUUGCUCGAGCCCUUGGCCCCGGGGAGGGCCGGCUUCUUGCCCCCCCUGCACCCCGGCCCGCACCCCCCCGGCCCCCGCGGCCCCCCGGCCCCCGGCUCGCCCAAGGGACGCCGCAAGCUGCUGCGCCGGCACUCGAUGCAGACGGAGGAGAUGCGGCAGUUGGCCAACUUCCAGAGCAGCGUGGCCCCGGAGCCGGGCAGUUAGGGACCCCCCCCCCCCCCGCCGCGUCCCACCGUCACCCUCUGGGACCCCCCCGCCCCCCCCCCCGUGAAGGGAACACCCCGGGCGGCCGCUCUGACCCCGCCCGGCUGCUCUCAUGCCAGCGCGGGGCCUCGUCGCGCAGGCGGGUGGCGAUGUUCACUCUGAACCCUACUGAGGACUGCAGGCACGGGGCAGUUCUUCCAUUGCUGCCAGCGGCAGAAACUUUGCACGACCCCAAAUUCCUUCAGGAGCUGCUGUGUCCAGGCUCCUCUGCAUCUUCCUCCCGCUCCCUCCUCAUCCUCCCAGCAGAGCUUUUCCCUGCGGACCUUGGCAGCAGCCACCGAUUGCCCCACCUGCCCCCCACUUGGGGGUCCCCACAUCCCCCCCCCCCCCCCCAUGCCAGGCGCUGCUCGGGGCUGGGUGCUGUGAGCAGUAACAGCCACCGGACCCCCUGUGUCCCUGGACGGUCCCUCCCUGGGGGGGGGGGGGGGGGUGUUGUGUUCUCCCCCCGGUUUUGGGGUGCGGGGUCCCAGCGAGGGGGUGCCAGGGUGGGAGUGGGGGGGCACACACUGUCGGCAUCCAGGUCAAUAAAGCCCCAGCACAGCUCA